GGUGCACUGUUUCAGCCCUGUGUCUGACAGGAAGGAAAGAGAAAUACGUCAGUCGUUCUAACGAAGAAAAAUUGACUUCCUUCUCUCCAGAACAGAGUGCCCUGGUCCCUUCUCUUGAAGCUGAUUCAAAGGGACUCAGAUCUGCUAGUUCCAUCUGUCCAUCUGCAAACUGAGGAACGAGGGCGGAUGAAGCUUUGCCUCUGAUGGCACAGUGAGUUCCCAGCUGGGCUGGGCUAGAGCCCCAAGUCCUUGUCACUUUCCCAUCGCCGAGAUAGGAAGCCUUUUGAGAGCAGACACGGGAGAGAACUUGCUGAAGACUAGAAGCCAAGAGCACACUUCUCAGAGCUCUGGGUCUUCCUGCUCCUGAUGCAGCCUCUGUCCUUGGGUAUGAACUGGUAGGGCUUGUCAUCCUUCCCGCUCACCUGAAAACACUCGAAGGAGAAAGUUAGCCUCUGUAAGACACGGAUCCUCUUCUUAUUGCUAUUCGUAAAUUCCCUCCGAUUGGGGAUUAGUUCUGCUUUGCGAAAACUAUCCGCUGGGAUCCAUGCAUCAUUGAGAACAAUCUCUGGCAAAACUUCAGAAAAAGAUAGGCUGUUGUCUUAGACGGAUGUCAAAGGCUGCGGCAGGACCCAGUGAAAACGCUCCCUGGGUGGCAUGAGGCUCUCCGAACAACGACUCCAACCGAGGGACAGCCUCUGGGGGCCUUCUUGUCCUGAAGAGUGUGACACCUUUAAAAGAGGGGGAAAAAAAGCGCCACCGGCGAUUCAGUCGCCACUGAAAUAGGAGCAGGAGGAGAGCUUUCGAGAGCGGUGGCUCGGCCGCUGGGCUCCGAGCUCAUGGAGUGAAAUUUCCCCUCGGAACUGAGAAACCAGGGAGAAAUGGCCCGGGAAGUCGACCUGAAUUCCCUCCAGGACUUAGAGCGCGAGCUCAUUCUCCAGGUCCUGUACCGAGACCAGGCCGUUCAAAACGUGGAGGAGGAGAGGGUCCGGAGUCUGAAGACGCACCUGCAGCAUCUCCGCUGGAAAGGCGGGAAGGGCGUGAGCCAGGAGGACAAAGAGAAAUCGUGCGCCCGCUGCCAGCGGGUGCUGGGGCUGCUGCUGUACCGGGGGACCGCGUGCCAGGGCUGCAGCCACCGUGUGUGCUCCGAGUGCCGCGUGUUCCUGCGGAGGACCGGCGUCUGGAGGUGCACCGUGUGCUACGAGGACAGAAAUGUGAAAAUAAAAACCGGAGAAUGGUUCUUUGAGGAACGAGCCAAGAAAUUUCCAGCUGAAGGCAGACACGAGACAGCUGGAACAAAGCUCUUGCAAUCUUAUCAGAGUUUGAGCAAAAUUUCCGUGGUUCCUCCCACCCCACCUCCUCUCAGUGAGAGCUGGUGCAGCGGCAGCCCUGGCAGGUUACAGGAACUUGGUCAGCUUAAAGGAUUUAAUAAGUCCGUGGAAAAUUUGUUUCUGUCUGUUACCACCCACAUGAAAAAACUCUCCAAGUCCCAGAAUGACAUGACCUCUGACAAGCAACUCCCAAGCAGGGACGCCAGGCAGCGUGUGAGCCAGACGGAGAGAAGGAGCCAGUCUGACACUGCCAUCAACGUCACCACCAGGAAGGUUAGCGCGCCAGACAUCCUGAAGCCUCUCAGUCAAGAGAGUCCAAAACGCCUCACCCUCCCUGUUUUGAAGCAGGAAGAUCUCCCACCCCGUGUAAAGCCCAGCACUUUAUUCUCAGGAGGCUUGAGACAGGGAAGUUUAAUUAGCAUUAAUAGCACCUGUACAGAGAUGGGCAAUUUUGACAAUGCUAAUGUCACUGGAGAAAUAGAAUUUGCCAUUCGUUACUGCUUCAAAACCCAUUCUUUAGAAAUAUGCAUCGAGGCCUGUAGGAACCUUGCCUAUGGAGAGGAUAAGAAGAAAAAGUGCAAUCCGUAUGUAAAGACCUAUCUGCUGCCUGACAGAUCCUCCCAGGGAAAACGCAAGUCUGGAGUCCAGAGGAGCACGGUGGACCCAACCUUUCAGGAGACUUUGAAGUACCAGGUGGAGCCUGCCCAGCUGGUGACCCGGCGGCUGCAGGUGUCCGUGUGGCACCUGGGCACACUCGCCCGGAGGGUGUUUCUUGGAGAAGUGAUCAUUCCUCUGGCCACGUGGGACUUCAAAGACAGCACAACACAGUCCUCCCGCUGGUAUCCGCUUCGGGCCAAGGCAGAGAAAUACGAAGAGGGCCUCCUUCCAAAUAAUGGAGAACUCGCAGUCCGGGCCAAACUGGUGCUGCCUGCAGGGCCCAGCAAGCUCCAGGAGUCUCAAGAAGGGGCAGGGCAGCCAUCGUGUGACGGUCAACUCUGUUUGGUGGUGCUGGGAGCCAAGGACUUACCUGUGCGGUCGGAUGGCACCCUGAACUCGUUCGUGAGGGGCUGUCUCACUCUGCCCGACAAGCAAAAGCUGAGGCUGAAGUCCCCGGUCCUGAAGAAGCAAGCGUGUCCCCAGUGGAAGCAUUCCUUCGUUUUCAACGGAGUAAGCCCUUCUCAGCUUAGGCAAUCCAGCCUGGAAUUGACCGUCUGGGACCGGGCUGCCUUCGGCGUGAAUGACCGCUUGCUGGGAGGGGCCCGGCUCGGUUCCAAGGAAGAUCCAGCUGGCGGUGCUGACUCAGGCUCACAAUCAAAGCUCCAAUGGCAGAGAGUUCUCUCCAGCCCCAAUUUAUGGACAGACAUAACCCUCAUCCUGCACUGAAGCGCGGGGUUCCAGUCUGCGUGCCUGCAGGUUAGCUGCAGAACUGGGCGUGGAUGCCCCGCCGGACAGGCCCCGUGGGGUGUGGCCGCUCUCCGUCUACAGCUGUCACGUAGCUAAAAUGUCCUUCCAUACCCUUCAGUGUAUGUUUAAGUUAGAGCAGGGACCACUGUCAUAUAAAGACGUCUCAGGCCGGUUAUGUGCUUUGACAGGUGUGGAAAAUGACCAGAUUUCAAUAAAUGUUCAACAGUUACUUAACCUGUCUCCCAGUGCUCGUCCGAUAGUGCAAAUUAUGGCUUCGUUGUGUGCGUUUCAAAGGUAAAGGAGCCUGGUGGGUGUUCGGUGGCUCCCAUCCUACUGGGAAACUUCCUGGAGGCGGGCCAGCCAACCCCAUGGAGGGCGAGGACACCCCCAUUCCGCGUAGGUCACCUCUAGGGUCCGCCCAAGGACCCCUGAGCCCCAUGAAGCCUUGCUGGCAGGACUGCACCGACAAUCUGAGAAGGGGCCUCCCACCCAGCCCGGCAGGGACAUCCCCGGCUGCACCCCGCCUUUCAUGUGCCCGCGGUGCCAGGCUCAUCCCACACGACAUCUUAACCGAAAAAGACAACACAGAGCACGAAAGGAAGCAUGCGAAUAAGCAGAACCGGCAGCCCGUGAGCGCUGACACGCACAGCCUUCCAACCCCAGGGAUGCGGCAGAGAAUGGAAAUAGGUCAGAACAGGCUAUUCUUGUGGAACCAAGACCACUGCCAGGCCGGAAGAGUCCCUCCGUGGCUGGAGUGUGAGUCAAUGCCGUGUGUGUGUUUUUCAAAUAAGAAUUUGUGAUAGAAAACUGAAACGUGCACAGUCGAUGACGUGCUAGAAUACAGAAAGGAAAAAAACGUUCCUUUUACAGAUGUGAUUAUAGCAGUUCGUUAGCUUCAUUACUGCCCUCGCAUAUCAGAU